AUGACUGACGAUCAAGAAGUCGAAGAACUUGAUUAUGAUAUAAAUGAUAUUAUAAUAUCAACAUUAUCAGGAGUUGAAAAUGAGAAACAAAUGCUCUUUGGAACAGUAUCAACUAAUUUAGUCGAUGCAGCUAUGACAGAUAUUUAUGCAAAUAGUAUACCACUAUCAACAACACCAUUAAUUACUUCAAUCAAUGAUUAUUCAACAACAAUUACUCAAGAAAUAUAUCAACAACUGAAGGGUGAUGCUUCUGAUAUUGCUGCUAGAAAACGAUGGUGGGUUGAGAAAGAAAUGGCUUCGAAACACAACUUUACAGUAGCCGUUUUGGGUCUGGGCGCUAUGGGUAGUGGAAUCGCUGAAAACAUGUUAAAAAAUGGUUAUAAACUCGUUGUUUGGAAUCGAACUCAAUCGAAAACAAAAGCAUUGGUGGAUGCUGGUAGCAUCUCAGUUGCAACACCCCGAGAAGCAGCUCAACAGUGUGAUGUUAUCAUUAGUUGCUUGUUUGAUGAUAAAUCAGUUUUCGACAUAGUACAAGGUGAAAAUGGUCUUUUGGCUGGUAUUCGAAAAGAUUCAGUUCACAUUAGUACAACCACUAUCAGUCCAAUGGCAGCGACACAAUUGACAAAUUUGCAUCAAGAAAAAGGUGUACAUUAUAUUUCUGGACCUGUUCUUGGUCGUCCCGAUGUUGCAGCUGCCGGUAAACUUCGUACAUUUUUGAGCGGCUCUCAAACCAUUAUCGACAGCAUUACUACCAUCAUCGAGUGUUACUGUGGUGGUGGUCUCAUUUAUGUUGGAGAAGAUUCUGCUCAUGCUUGUGUAAUGAAACUUUCGGCGAAUCUUUGUGUUGCAUCAAUAAUUGAUAUGUACGGCCAAAUUUAUGCAUUAAAUGAAGGAUGGAAAGUAUCUACCGAUAUUACAAAACAAUUGUUUAGCAUGCUUUUGACACAUCCAGGCAUCCUGGCAUAUAGUGAAAAAGUGCGCAAUCGAGAGUAUACGAAUCCAGGUGGUGUUGCACUCCGUGGCGAUUGA